AUGACCUCGCUGCUCGGCGAGAUCAUUCUAGUUCUCACCCCGGCAUGCUGGAUGCGAAUCUUCGCCUCAGCAUGGCGCCCGACUCCCAUCAUGAGCCCUCCCUCCACGCCCUCGGCAAACAAAGUUUCUAGUCGCAAGGCGGACCGGUUUGUUUUCGUUGCUGUGGUAGCUUUCAGCUCGCGCGGAGACUUUGAUCACUUACUCGAAAAAUGUCCCGGUUUCGGCGCCAUUCGGUAUGUCUAG